AUGAAGCAAACGAAAAAGGUUAAAGACUCUGGACAUUGGUGUCGCAUAUGCAAUUAUAAUAAUAUUGAAGUUGCAAAAGCAUUGGCUCGUACUAGAGAUGGAGAAUGUCUUUCUUCAGAGUAUUUUGACAAUAAAAGUCCUUUACAGUGGAAGUGUGUUAAGGGGCAUAUAUGGACUGCGAACUUAAAUAAAAUAAAAGAUUACAACCAGUGGUGCCCUACUUGUGAUGGGCGAAAUCCGACUAUAUUUGAUAUGAAAAUUCUAGCACAAAAAAAUAACGGAGAAUGCCUUUCAGAUCAGUAUUAUGAUGCACACACAAAACUUUUAUGGCGUUGCAAGAAUUUUCAUAUAUGGGAAGCUCCUCCACUAACUAUUCUGAGAGGUAGCUGGUGUCAAUACUGUGCUGGUACUGCAAAACUUGAUAUUGAAAUUGCUAAUCAAAUUGCAUUAUCGAGACAAGGCCAAUGCCUUUCAUCCUCACUUAGUAGUAUAAAACAUUCUGAUACAUGGUGUCCAUACUGUGCAAGUAUGGCUAAACAUACUCUUGAUGAUGCUAAGCAAAUUGCUCUCACUCGGGGUGGUAGGUGUCUUUCAACAGAAUACAAAAAUAAUAAAUCUCCUUUAUUAUGGAUCUGUAAAAAUCGGCAUAAAUGGUAUGCAAAAUUCGAUAAUAUUGUGAAUAAAUGCUCAUGGUGUCCAUAUUGUAGCAUACCUGAUUUCUUAAAAAUACCAGAGCAUUCAAUGGGGCUACAACUUGACAUUCCUUAUUAUCACUAUGGUUUUGCAAUCGAAGUACAAGGAGAACAGCAUGAUAAAUAUAUAGAAUUCUUUCAUAGAGGAAACCUGAAUAAUUUCAUCAGACAGCAAGAGCGGAAUCAAUUCAAGAAAGAAUUAUGCGAAGAAAAUUGCAUCAACCUAAAAUAUGUCUGGUAUUACAAAGAUCCACAUAUAGUUAUUCCAGAGUAUCUUCGAGAACUGGGUCUUAUAGAAUAA